AUGGAAGGAACUAAAGAGCAGAAUAUUGUGGAAGAUUUAAUGGCAGAAAAGCAGGCUAUUUUGGAAGAGCUGGCUCAGUGUAAAGCUGAUAAAGACUUUGUUUGGAAUCUGUGGCGGAGAUUACAAUCUGCUCAACCCGAUGUUACCUCGGUCGUCAGUAUGGUAGUCGCUCGAGAAAAGGAGAAAGGCGAGGAGAAAGAUAAAAAGGUUUUGGAAAUUUUGCAAGUGAAGGAUGAAAAGAUCAAGGAAUUAAAAGAGAGGAUAUUAGCGGCGGAGGAUGAGUCUCAUUACAGUAAAACACGCUACCACGACCUGUUGAUCGAAAACGAGGAACUCAAGCAAAAAUUAGAUGAGAUACAGAGCGAGUUCUCGGCAAAAGAGAAAGAACUUCGCGAAGAAAAUGGCUAUUUGACCAGUUUGCUUACAGCUCAUCAGGCGCAGAAGGAGGUGGAUGAUCAAGCCGUUAAAGAAAAUCUGGAUAAGAUAACAGAAGAGAAAAAUCAGCUGAAGUUAAGAAUCGUAAGUUUGGAGAAGCAAGUUAGUGAUUUUAGUGAACAGAAGUUAAACAUGGCUUCGGCGAUCGAAGCGAAUGCAACUUUAGAGGAAAAGAUUAGAUCAUUACAAAAUGAGGUCAGUGAGUUGACAUUAAAAAGCGCUGAAGUUGCAAAGAAUUGCGAAGAGGCUGAAUCAAAGUUAAAUGAGAAACAAAACGCGGUCAAAGAGCAAUUAGAGUCAUUAGAAGAACAGUCUAAAAAAAUUACAGAACUUGAGAGUGAUUUAGUGGCAGUGAAAAGUGAACUUGAACAGGCGAAGGAGAGUCACAAACAGGCUGUUAGUCAUAUAACGGAGCAAGAAAACGUUAUCAAACGCCUGGAAGAACUUCAGGCAAAAAAUCAGAGAGAUGCUAUCGACCACGAGCAAGAAUAUCGCAAAGGACUUGCUUCUCUGCAGAAGUCUGUGGCCGACCUUCAAGCACGUUGCUCAGUUUAUCAGGAAAAGGAAACCAAGUUACUGCAAGAGAUCGAGAAGCUGAGAGAAUCUUCAGCCAAGUUAACAGAAGACGUUAGAGUUAAAGAGUUGAUUAUUGAGGAACUAAAGGAUGCUGUCAGAGGUGGCGUUCGUUCGGAAGAAGUUUCAAGACGCGAGGACAGACUACAUGAAUCAAGCGAGCACGACCACAGGAUGCCUCAGAGAGACAUCAAGAGAACACAAGAUUCCUAUUCUCGAAAAGGGCUAAAAUCGAAGAGCGCGGAACAACGACCAACGGACGGCUCGGAUGAAAGUAUCGAGGAACUCAGAUCGGAAAUCGCAAUGACGAAUCAAGAGACGGAAAGAAAACUGAAAAAAAUAACAGCUCUCGAUGAGCUUGAGAACAGGCUAAGUGAAAGCAGGAAGCUUAUAGAUGAACUGAAGAAGCUUCUGGAGCUCAAAGAAGCGGAACUUGUAGAGACAAGACGCGCUCAUUCGCAACGGCAACAGCGCUACAGAAUGCUGAAAGAAAAUUACCAACUUGUGCUAGAACAGAUUAAGACUUAUGAGGCUUCAAACGCUGAUCGAACCGGAAGUGGUUCUCAACUUCCGGUAAGACUGGAAGAGCGAGAACUGCGACAUUUGGAUAGUGACCAAGUCUGGAAAGAGUUGGCUUAUUAUAAACACGAGUACGAGGCUCUGGCGAAAGAAAGGCAUGAUGUUUUGGAAGAGGUGGAUGUUCUUAGAGUCCAGCAUGCUAAUGAUCUGGCGAAUGUCCAGGAGCUCCGUGUUCAAAUUAGCGAAGAGAAAGAGGAGAACUCUUCGCUGCGUAGCAAGAUGGCGGCGGGAGAGGAAGCCUUUGACGCGCUCCGUCUUGAAGUGGAAAAGCAUGAAGACCAGUUGCAGAGUUGGCAGGAAAAGGCUCUCCAAGGACAAUCGUUGAGUAGCGACCUUGAGGAACAAAAUCAGUUUCUGAGGCUCGAAAUAAAGGCGUUACAAGAAAAAAAUCAAACACUCACUGAAGAAUUCAGUGGGUUAGCAGAUGAGUUUGAGACUCUAAAUAGACGUUAUAAUGAGCUGUCAAACAAAGCGGAGACGAGCAAAGUUACAGAAAAACAAAAUGUCGUUGGUAACAAAGAACUGGCCUCUCAAACUGUUAACACAGAUUCUGAAAUUGUUAAGCAGCAUGUUGAAUCGCUAAGUAGUUAUGAUGAACAAGUAAGGCGUAUCGCUGACAGAAUCUUACGUAGCCCUCCAAAAGACGCUGAAGAAAUACGAGCCACGCAAAGUGUGAAUGUCACGCAAGGAAUCGGUGUCACGCAAGGCACGCAGACAGAUGACUUCCCUCGUUUUGUCGAUUCAAGUGUUAAUGUGAAUUUAGACGCCGAUGAAGUCUUAUCAACGGACGAGGAGGACACCAUUGCUUUUAAAAGCAGUGUAAAGAAGGGUAAGGUGCCUGUUCGUAGGCAGGAAACUCCGCAGCCUAAAAAGGUGGCGAAGAAAACGCCGCGAAGAAACGAAUGGGCAAGCAUGAAGCAGCGAAUUCUAAGCUUGACGCAAGAAGUUUCAGCACUUCGGCAGUCGAAAGAUAAAGCUGUUAAGUCGCUGAAUCUGCAGAGGAACGAUUUCGAGAGCUUGCAAACGGAGUACAAUUCCUUGCUGUCUAAACUACAACUUAGCAGGAACUCGGUGCAGCAUUUGACUGACAACUUGAAGAUGUGCGAGCGAAAGAACGAACGUUUGGUAGCAGAGUUGAAGGAGCAAAAAGAAGAAGAUGUGAGACCGACUGCACUCUCGAUUGCAGAGUGGAAGNACAGAAAAACAAAAUGUCGUUGGUAACAAAGAACUGGCCUCUCAAACUGUUAACACAGAUUCUGAAAUUGUUAAGCAGCAUGUUGAAUCGCUAAGUAGUUAUGAUGAACAAGUAAGGCGUAUCGCUGACAGAAUCUUACGUAGCCCUCCAAAAGACGCUGAAGAAAUACGAGCCACGCAAAGUGUGAAUGUCACGCAAGGAAUCGGUGUCACGCAAGGCACGCAGACAGAUGACUUCCCUCGUUUUGUCGAUUCAAGUGUUAAUGUGAAUUUAGACGCCGAUGAAGUCUUAUCAACGGACGAGGAGGACACCAUUGCUUUUAAAAGCAGUGUAAAGAAGGGUAAGGUGCCUGUUCGUAGGCAGGAAACUCCGCAGCCUAAAAAGGUGGCGAAGAAAACGCCGCGAAGAAACGAAUGGGCAAGCAUGAAGCAGCGAAUUCUAAGCUUGACGCAAGAAGUUUCAGCACUUCGGCAGUCGAAAGAUAAAGCUGUUAAGUCGCUGAAUCUGCAGAGGAACGAUUUCGAGAGCUUGCAAACGGAGUACAAUUCCUUGCUGUCUAAACUACAACUUAGCAGGAACUCGGUGCAGCAUUUGACUGACAACUUGAAGAUGUGCGAGCGAAAGAACGAACGUUUGGUAGCAGAGUUGAAGGAGCAAAAAGAAGAAGAUGUGAGACCGACUGCACUCUCGAUUGCAGAGUGGAAGCGCUUAGAAGAAGAACUGCGAUUGGCCACAAUGGAGUGUAUUCGGUUGGCAAGCAUUGUCAGAACGCUAGGGGGCGAGAAUGAACAGCUCAGAGCAAGGCUGAAGGAAUUACAAGACAAUAAUUCAAGGCUUGAGCACGCUGUUACUCAGAAGAAGACACUCCUCGAUGAAAUGAAAACCAAGAUGAAACUCGUGGAAGAAAAAGCCAAGCAAGACUCAGACACGGCAAAGAAUGUGGAAGAGAAGUAUUAUCAGCUUAAAGAAAGGGAGAAAACUAACAAACUACGAAUUGAAACUCUUGAGCACCGACUGGAUGGGGAGAUGAGGGACAAACAGAAAUUUCGUCAAGAACUGAUGAACUGCCAGGAGGAGCUUAAGAAAAAGACUCAACAGUUAACAAGGUAGGGUCUCACUGACGUAGAAGCACCGAGUUUCUUUAACCUCCCCACCCCCUCCCCCUCACAUUCAAGGAAGCGAGAUGUUUGUAAUAGCCAGGGGAAAUUAUCGUACAUCAGUAUGCCUGGUAAAUGACUUUCUGUUCUAGCGAGCGGGAAGUUAUGCUAUCCAAUAGCAUAGCCAGCCUGCGAACACAGACGUAUUUCCGGUCGUCGGUUCUUUCCGGCACUCGAAAAGAAACAUCUGCGAACCCGAGCUGCCAAAUGGUUUUUGUGACGUAGGACAUUUUAGCCAAUCACAGUUUAGCUCUUAAAAACCAAAAACUAAUCAAUCUUCUAAGAUUCGUGCGCGUUUGUUAUGUUUACAUGUCGAAAAUAAAUUGGCGCGGCGUCUACAAAAGUUAAUUCUUGUUUGCCAGGAUUAUUACUUUUCGGGUAAAGAGAAGCGACGACAGGAGGUACAUCUGCGUUUGCAAGCUAUUAUAGAGCUGAUGAACUUUUUGCCCAGGUACUAGUUCUAUGCUAUUUUUCAUUCAACCAUGAUUUAAAAUUAGCCUUUUGCAAGUCUCCUCCGUCUCAAAAAAAAUCUUCGUUAUCAAAACGCUAUUUUUAUGCAGAAUACACGGUAGGUUUGGGGUUAGAUCUAGAUUACGCAGGAGAGAACGAGGAAAUUUAGCGUUCUUUUUGGUACAGACGCAGUUCUUAGAUCUGCACGAUCCAUAAGCAACCCUUUCCAAUUUAAAACAGUUCUCGCCAAUUGUGUUAUAGUGGGUAACCUAUACGGUAAAUCUUUUUUACUGUCGAUAUUAAUUUACAGCAGCCAGGAGCCCAUCAAAUUGAUGGGCUCCUGCAGCAGCCUAUGCUUUACUGAAUACUUUCUCUAGAAAUAUUUGUCAAAAUGAGUAUAAAAUGUAUUGCCCCGACACGCUAAAACGUUUUUCUUUGGAGGCAGGGGCGGAUCCAGGAUUUUUUUAGGAGGGGGUGCACUCGUCUCUUGCUCUACUUCAACACCAAUAAACCACAUAGUUUUUUUGCAGAAUACCAGUUGUAUUAGAAAACCGCAGGUCAUCUCAGGGGUGGGGUGGGGGGGGGGGGGGCCCACCCCCCGCCCCCCCCCCCUAGAUCCGCCCCUGGGAAGAACGCAAUUUUAAUUUUUCUGUUUGCAGAUCCCAGACUUUGCGUAACCAAGCUAAAUUAGUGGUGAGCGAGAUGGAGGCAGCGGCUACAAAGCAGCUUCAGGGAUUGGCCAAUCAGAGCGAAGCAACGAUAGCCUCGCUUCAGCGCAAGCUCGAUAAGGCCCAGGAACGAAUCGAGGAGUUUCAAGCAUUGGUGCGAACUCUUGUGGAAGAACUUCUUGCAAGUACGCGCGCGAUGCGUCACAAACUAGACGAGCUACACGAAAAACAGUGGCGAGAAACAUCGAGAACUGCUGCGAAAGAAGCUCGGAGCAAAGCUUGCUCAAUACUGAACAUUUCGUCCAAGGAUCUAGAAAAUAUCAUGGAGGAAAGCGCAGCUCAGAAGGAGGAAGAGGCGAGGUUGAUGACAGAGCAAGAGAACGCAUGGAUGGCCGAAGUGGAAUCCGCGCUGAAGCGUCAAGGAGCGUUUGCAGUUCCGCUUCUAGAAGUGUUACUGGAUUUGGUGGAUGAGCGAGUGGCUGCUGAAGCCAAAUUUGCUGGAUCUUAA